AAAAGCUGAGGAGUAUCUGCGGCUGUCGCAGGUGAAGUGCACGGGGUUAAUGGCUCAAAUGACGGCGACGAGCAGCGCUGUAAUGUGCCUGGACCUGGCGGCGGCUUUCAUGAAACAACCGGUUGACAAAAGCUAUUGUGUCAAACUCUCUGGUUUGAACAAGACCACCUACCAGAGCUCCAUGAAGUCUUUGGAGUGUUUGCUAGGGGUGAACCAAAGGCUGGGGAUGCGAGACUUGGCUGUGCAGUUCUGCUGCUCAGAGGCAGUGACCAUGGCUUCAGAGAUCCUGCAGAGGUACGAGCGCAGCCUCUCGGAAGCACAGCGAGCCGACCUGGAUUUCUCCAAGCCUCUGUUUGUGACAGCUGCUCUGUGCACUGCAUGCAGGUGUUUGAAGCUAAAAGUGGACAAAACUAAAAUGGUGGCUACAUCUGGAGUGAAAAAAGCAAUAUUUGACCGGCUGUGCAGUCAGCUGGAGAAGAUAAGCCAGCAGCUCAGCAAGGCUGUUCCAGUGGCUGCAGAGACACCUGAGAGCUUGCAGAGCACCCUGGAGCAGUGUGAGCAGGAGGAUGGCUCUGAAGAGGAUGAGGAACUGCCAUGUAAACAGCCAAAGACUGAAACGAAUCAGGACUAUGAGGAAUGGAAAAAGAAAAUUCUGGAAAAUGCUGCUAAGGCACAAGAGACAAGGAGCAGUGACUCUGUAAUGCCACCCAGCAAUGUAACUGCUGCUUGCUCUUGAUUUUAACUCUCCCUCUGCUCUAACAGGAGAUCCAGUAGCAUGUGAAUGAUGGCUGCCUGGCAGACAGCUGAUUUUAUUUAGGUUUUAAGUAUUUAAGAAUGUUAUUUUUAAUAAAUGACACCAUGGAGUGGUGGGAUUUUACAGGAAGUGUGUGUGACUGCUCACAGGCAUUAGGGGUAGAAUAGCUUCCUUCUCUUGCUGCAAGAAGCAGAUAACAUUCUAAUGCUACUUCCAGUGUAAAUAAGUUAUAAGUUACAGGCCCUUGGGCCCCUGGCUGGAAGCAGUCAGUGAAACAAGAGGAAGGGGACUAACAGUGCCUUGUUAAACUGCAAAGCCAGCAGAGAAAUAAAGCCUUAUUUUUUAGGUUUUUUCAGGUUUUUAAAUAAAUAUUGUUCAGUCAA